AUGAAUGAAGAAAAUUCAAGUAAUUUGAAAUUAUCUGUAAACAAAAUAUUGAACCAAAGGUUAGCCGUUGAUAACAAUGACCAGCGAGUAGUGGUCAGUGACCACAAUAUAAUUGAUAAAGUUAUUGUCGAAGAAGUCAGUGAUAAACGCAAUGAUAAUAAAGAUAUCAAUCAUUUUCCAGAAACUGAUAGUCAAGUAGUAGUUGACUGUCGAAAGCUUAGAUCAACUAAUAAAAAGACACCGAUUGUUGAUAUCAAUAGUAAUAAUAAUGAAGACGAAGAUAGCGAUGAAACUGUUAUUUUUGAUGAUUAUAUCGAUAACUUAAGUGACGAUAGUUCAGACAAUAUCGAUAAAGUCAACGAUCAACGAGUUGUUUGUAAUGAUGAAGACGUCGUUAACAGUGAUGGACAACAGUUCCGGUGUUCAACAAUGGGCUGUUGUAAAGCAUUUAAGAUGAGACGGCAGUUGACAACACACGUGAGGCUAAGUCACCUACAAGUAUAUCAAUGCGAUUACAAGGAAUGUCAGUACAAAACGGGCAAUAAAUAUGUAUUUGAAAAACACAAAUCAAGACACCGUUCCGGGGAUCAGUUAUUUAAAUGUAAUUUCGCCGACUGUUCCGUUACAAUGAACACUAGACAAGCGCUCAGAUAUCAUCAACUCAAUGAACAUCCGGAUCAAUACAAGCCAAUCAAUCGGGUGUCGAGCGCUGAUGGAAACUACAAGUGCACUAAAGAUAACUGUUCCAAAGUAUUUGCAACAAUGAAGUAUCUUAAGAAACAUAUUAGUGUCUGUCAUAGAGAGACAUAUAAAUGUCAAUACAAUGGCUGUCAUUACAAAACUGGUGAUAAACAAGUUUAUAAAACCCAUAAACUAAAGCAUUCAAAUAAAAAAUCAGUUAAUUGUGAUUAUAAUGACUGCAAUGCAGUGUUCAAUACUCAAUUGAAAUUGAAAUCACAUAAACUUCGCAAACAUGCCGAUCAAUAUCCAGACAUACCGUGGCUGAAGUGUCCGCACACUGGCUGUACGUUUAAAUCAAAAUCAAAUCUAGCUAUGAGUGAUCAUAACAAACGACAUACAAAACCAUAUAAAUGCGAUGAAUGCGGAAUAAGCUUUGGAAGUAGUAGUAACUUAAAAGCACAUUUGACAACACAUAACAGUGCUCUUAAAUACAAGUGUGAAUGGCCGGGCUGUGACCGACUCUAUGGUGUUAAGUAUCAGUUUGAUGAUCACAUGAAUACACACACCAAUGAAAAGACAUACCGAUGCGAUCGUAAUAACUGCAAUAAUAUUGUAUUCAAAACUGUUCGUACUAUGCGAUUGCAUAAUCUUAGCAAACAUCCCGAUGAAUAUCCAGACAUACAGUGGCGGAAGUGUUCGUACACUGGCUGUACGUUUAGAUCAAAAGCAUCAACUCUUAUGUUUGAUCAUAAGAAACGACACCUGAAGCCAUACAAAUGUAAUGAAUGCGAUAAACAGUUUUCAAGUGAUAAAUGUUUAAAACUACAUUUGGCUACACAUAACAGUGCACUUAAAAUCGCUUGUGAAUGGCCGGGCUGUGAGCGCCGGUUAACAACUAAAGGAAAAUUAAAUGAACACAUGAAUAGUCAUACGGCAGACAAGACAUACCGAUGCAAUUGGCCCGACUGUGAUAAGUCAUACAAUUUGAAAGCUGGACUUACGUCUCAUAUUAGAAGAACACAUAAUGGUAAGGCAGACUACCGGUGCCAUUGGCCCGGUUGUGAUUAUCAGACAACUAAUUCCAUACGAUAUCGAUAUCAUCUACAAAAACAUGACGGAUCGGUACCGGUAUAUGAAUGUCAAGCAAUUGAUUGCAACUUUAAGACCAAAAUGAAAGACGCCUUUGAUAUACAUAUGAAUACUAAACAUAAAUAA